AUGGUUUAUAUACCGCUACUGGUUGGUAGGAAACAAGAUAUUCCAGAUCGUAAACCCCCAGUAAAUAUCAAAUACCAACAAGUACAACUGUAUUCUGCUAAGAGAAGCCAAUGUAAAUACGUCAUCCACAACAAAGCAAAACUUCCACUGAAUACAAUGGCUCCUGAUCCAGUAGCUCAAGAAUAUUAUUACCGAAAAUGGAAAAGAAUGAAAAAAAUGAUUAAAGAUACAAUGUUUGUAAAUGCUGCAAUCUGUGAUGAAGUUGUACGGGUUGAAGAAAAAGUGGUUAAAGUUAAAGAAGAACGCAGAUUUUUGCUACGAAAGAUUCUCCAGUUCCAAUCAAAUAGUGACCCAUCUUUGGCCGGACUGAAGAUUCCUGGUGUCGGGCAUAAUACUACAGCUCUCAAAGUGAUGCCAACUCUAACGCCUGUCCCCCAGGAACCUCCAGAGCCUGUCCCUACUACCACAACAGCAGUAACCAAACCUAAAAUCAAAAAGAAAGUUACAGAAAGAAGGAAAACUGUAACAGAACUUUUAGAAGAAAAAUCCAAACCCAAAAAGUCUAAAACUCAAGCUAGUAGCAAGAAAACUGUUCCUCCUAUACCACUCGAUAAUCUUGGAAGACCAGUUUUUCCUCUCUCCAUUGGAGACCUCACAAUACACAGUCUAGGAGAAAUUGUUCCUGAUCGUCCUAAUUUCCAUACAGCUGACUAUAUCUUCCCGGUUGGUUUUUGCAGUACUCGACUUUAUGUCAGCACACGAAGUCUUGAGCAGAAAUGUCUCUACACCUGCAGUAUUUCUGAUGAUGGCAGUGGACCCCUGUUUGAAAUCUCAGCAGAUGAUCAGAAACAAAUAAUCAGUGAUAGUGAUCCAUCAGAAUGUCACAGCAAAUUAUUGCAACUGAUUAAUCAAACCAGAGGUUAUGAGAUUGUUCCAACCCGAGGGUCUGGGCCUGAAUUUUUUGGUCUGUCACAUCCUAUUGUUCAGAAUCUGAUUCAAAGCUGUCCAGGUGCACGCAAAUGUACAGAUUAUAAGUGGAUAAAAUUUGAAGUCAGUAAGACAGAAAAUAUCAGCAGCUUUCCACCAAUUGAAUAUGAAAAUCCAACUAUCUCAGUAGAAGCAUUGCACUCACAACACACUUUCACUCAGGAGAUGGCUGGGAGUACAAGAAAAGGGGACUUUAGUUUGUUUAUCACCGCCCGCAUUCUCUGCACCUCUUGGUCUCCGAAUAAACGGCUCAGUGUCUUUAAACUAGAAUCACUUAUCAACAUGGUUCACAUGUAG